AUGUAUUUUGCUAACAAUCAAUUGAAAACGGUACAUGAGUCUUUGUUUGAAGGACUGGUACAGUUACACAAACUCAUUAUAGCAAACAAUUCAAUAGAAUCAAUAGAUAAGAACGCAUUUAAUGGUCUGAACGUUUUACAACAAUUAGAUCUGUCAUAUAACAGGCUAACGCAAUUGGACCCUCGUCAGUUUUCUGAUUUAUUUAAACUGAAAUAUGUAAAUUUAAGCAAUAACAAUAUCACGACAUUAAAUGAAAGCAUUUUCGAACAUAACACGGCUUUAGAACAAAUUCACCUAAGUCACAAUGACUUAUUAGAUGUAGGCAAUCUAAUUUUAAAUGCGACUAACAUUAGGUCAAUUAAUGUCUCGAACAAUAAUUUGAAAUAUUUUCCAACUCUGAUAUCUAAAGGAACGUUACCUUGCGCUGAAGAUUUGUUAUCAAAACUAGUAUGUAUUAACGGCAGUUCUAAUAGAAUAAUAUCACUGAGUUUACAGUGUUUAUCGGGUAUUGUAUUACUAGAUUUUUCUGAUAAUAUGCUAACGCAGGUGCCUUCACUGUAUAAGUUACCAAUGCUGCAAGAACUUAAAUUACGGCACAACAAAAUAAAACAUGUAGACGUAACAUUUGUUGAACUUAGAGCGUUAACAAUAUUGGACCUUGGGGACAACCUUAUUGAGAGUGUUUCUCCGAAGAUAUUUCCAGAAUCACUGAAAAAUCUGUACCUUGAGCAUAACAAACUCAAAAUAUUCAAUAUAAUCGACUUGUCAUAUCUAUUAUCUCUUAAAUUAAGAGACAAUCCACUGGAAUGUUCAUGUGAGAACGAGGACAUUUUCACCUGGGUUCGAACCCCACACACAAUGUCUAUCGACAACUGCAAACGCAAGAAACCCGAUUACUGCCAUACGUAUGACGCUUUUGUUUGCUUCACUGAUGAGGAUACUACGUUUGUUAAAGAUACAUAAGUGCCUUUGUUAAAGCCAGAAUUUAAACUUUGUGUAUAUUAUAGAGACUUUAAAGUUGGCGAUAAUAUUGCCGAUGCCAUUCUCAAAGGCAUCAAAGAGAGCGCAGUGACCAUGAUAUUGCUAAGUGAGUCAUUUCUAAAGAGUCGAUGGGGAAUGCAGAUGUCACUUUACUUGUGA